AGGAAAGCCGUGAGAUUGUUGAUCUACGGUCAUCAACUCCGAGAGAGUGUAUAUAAAACAGGCCCUUCAAUGGAAACUCACCAUUUCGUUCUUCCUCUUCGACCCUUUCUUCUCUUCUUUUGUUCUUUCCAUCAUCUCCCACAACUUUCUGGUUGCCCUGGAAUUUCCAACUCUAAUUCACAUAACCCGAAGUUGAAUGUUAAGGAUCUGACACUUUUUUGAGAUAGAAUGAGAUGCAUGUCCUAAGAGUAUUUGCCAGACUUUGUCGGAAUUCCAUUGUAAAUUUUCAAGUGAAAUCUGUUCUGGAAAUUUCCUUUGUUCAUUGAGAUUUUUAGAGGUGCAUAAGAUUUUUCAAGUUUUGAAGAUAUAUUUCUCUUGAGAAAAAAAGACGGAUUUUGAAACUCUGAACUUUGUGCAAGUCGUACGUUACAGGGACGAUCGCUACUUGGCCAUCGUCUCAGAUAGAAGCUCUGAAGUGUCAUUAUUAGUUGAGUUUUCGGCAUAGAUUUACAUUUUCCAUAGCUUUGGAACUGAAAUCUGGACAAUUUUCCUAAACGGUUGAACCAGAGUUUCAGCAGGAGCAGAUUUAGGAAAUAGAAAAAUUGGCUCCUUUCCCCCUUAGUUUCAGAAGGAAUUGAUUGCUCGACGACUGUUAAUUUUGUAAGGCACGGGUUCAAGAGAUGGAGAAAGAGUCAUUUAUUCGAAGCAAUAACAAUACGAACAUAAUGUCUAGUGUUAGAGAGAAAAACGGAGGGGAUGGGUCGUUGUUGUUGAGGGCGAGUUCCGAUAGCGCUAGGCAAGCAACGACGUCGAAUUUGGUGUUGCAGUGGGGGAAUCGGAAGCGGCUGAGGUGCAUGAAGGUGCAGGUUAAGGACGAUUCUUCCGGUCCGGUUCAGAGGACAACGGUUCGGGUGGAUCGCCGGGUCGUUAGAACCGACAAGUAUUCUUUAAAUAAGGCCACGUUCGGUGUCAAUUAUAAUAAUAAUCAUCAUCAGAGUAACGGGUAUCCGAAUCUCCGUGAACGUCCAUCUUCGCCGCAACCACGAAUUCUCAGGAACUCAGAAAGUUCAAGUGCCAUGAGAGGAGGACAAAGCAACGGGGGUGUUAGGGGAAUUGCCUCCCCGGACAGGGGUGCGCACGAUAAGAGAGGGGCCCAUAACAACCUCCUUAAUGACAAUAACAAGUCCGCAGCCUCGUCGGAUACUGCGCACGAUAGCAAGAAGGGAGGGUCGCCGUCCGGCAGCGGAGACGCGGCUGCUCCGCCGGUCUGGCCACCCAAGUUCGUGAUUGCCUUGACCAACAAGGAGAAGGAAGAAGAUUUUCUCGCCAUUAAGGGCUCAAAGCUGCCUCAGAGACCCAAGAAGAGAGCUAAAUUCAUUCAACGAACCCUCAAUCUUGUUAGUCCUGGCGCAUGGUUGUGCGAUCUUACCUUGGAACGAUACGAGGUUAGGGAGAAGAAGAUAUCCAAAAAGCAGAGACCAAGAGGUUUGAAAGCAAUGGGAAACAUGGACUCAGACUCUGAAUAGAGACAGAAGUGAAUGAGUAGAAGAGAGGGCUAAACUUUAUGUUUGCUAAGGAUGUGUAGGAAAUGCACGGAUGUUGUAAAGCACGGCAUGGCAUCUCAGCUGGGUGCCAACAAAUCCAAAUCCAAAUAUAAAAUAUUUUAGCUUUGCCACUGCUUAAUCUCUUAGCCUUCAUCAUUUAUUUUUUCCUGGCUGGAAAACUGCUUCGGAAUUACGAAUGACUAGGUGCCAAUUUUACCGUCAAGGAGAGGCAUUUUCACAGAAAUAAUGUCAUUUUAAAUAGAAUUUCUCACAAAUCUUUUAACAAGAUGUUCUGUUUUUUAAA